AUGGUUUUUUCUGCGUGGUUGGGUUUCGUACCUACGAAAGAGAAGUGUUCAGCGUACAUAUACGUUAAUUAUCAUAUUUUUUUAUUCGUGAAAAGGUAUGUAAGAAGUGCUGAAAAAUGCGUGGUACUAGCUCAUAGAUUUUCUGGAAGAAAGAUAUUUGAAAAAGUUUAA